AUGGGCAAGCAAGAGGAGAUUGUGCGGAUAACCCGCCACCUGGAUAAGCUAGUGACCAAGAAAAGCACGGAGGGAGCUUUGGACCUGCUCCGAGAGCUGAAGGCCAUACCUAUCACAUUGCAGCUGCUCAGGUCCACCCGUGUGUUUAUGUCUGUCAAGGCCUUGCAGAAGCAGAGCUCGGAUAAAGAGGUUAUUGCACUGGCCAAGUCCCUCAUCAAGUCCUGGAAGAAGCUCCUGAAGACUUCAGAUGCCAAAGCCAGCAAUUUUGAGAGAGACGCGCCUCUGCCCAUGUCUUCAAAGGAUGCCUCUGAGGUCACAGAUCCCAGCCCCAAGAAGUCAGAGCAGCCGAGAAUGCCGACCACCCCAAGGAUCACCGCGUUCCUCCCAGGGUCUGUCACCUGUGAUGCCAUUCGCAGCAAGUGCUGUGAGAUGCUGACUGCUGCCCUGCAGAAGGAUCUUGACUAUGUGGCCCUCGGUGCGGACUGUGAGAGCCUGUCAGCACAGAUUGAGGAAAGUAUCUUCCGUGACAUCGGGAACACAGACGGGAAGUACAAGAACCGCGUGCGUAGUCGCAUCUUCAACCUGAGGGAUGCCAAGAACCCUGACCUGCGACGGAAAGUGCUGCGCGGAGUCAUAACGCCCCAGCAGAUCGCUGUGAUGACGGCGGAGGAGAUGGCAAGCGACGAGAUGAAGGAGAUACGAAAAGCCAUGACUAGGGAGGCCAUCCGCAAACAUCAGAAAGCCCGCACUGGCGGCACGCAAACAGACCUGAUUACCUGUGGCAAGUGCAGUGGGAAGAGUUGCACCUACACUCAGGCCCAAACCCGCAGCUCUGAUGAGCCCAUGACCACCUUCGUCCUCUGCAACGAGUGUGGAAACCGCUGGAAAUUCUGCUGA